UUGUGUCUUGAGGUCACUGGCUUUGGAUGUGGACCGGAUGGUUCUUUACAAAAUGAAGAAAUCGGUGAAAGCAAUAAACAUCUCUGGGCUGGCGCACGUGGAAAAUGAGGAGCAGUACACCCAGGCCCUGGAGAAGUUUGGUGGCAACUGUGUGUGCAGAGAUGACCCAGAUUUAGGGAGUGCGUUCCUGAAGUUCUCCGUGUUCACCAAGGAGUUGACAGCGCUGUUCAAAAAUCUGAUUCAGAAUAUGAACAACAUAAUCUCCUUCCCUUUGGACAGUUUGCUGAAAGGUGACCUGAAAGGAGUCAAAGGGGAUUUGAAAAAGCCCUUUGACAAAGCUUGGAAGGAUUAUGAAACAAAAAUAACCAAAAUAGAAAAGGAGAAGAAGGAACAUGCCAAGCUCCAUGGGAUGAUUCGCACUGAAAUAAGUGGGGCUGAAAUCGCAGAGGAAAUGGAAAAGGAGAGGCGCUUCUUCCAGCUCCAGAUGUGCGAGUAUCUGCUGAAGGUGAAUGAAAUCAAGAUUAAAAAAGGAGUGGAUUUGCUUCAGAAUCUGAUCAAAUACUUCCAUGCCCAGUGCAACUUUUUCCAGGAUGGACUGAAAGCAGUAGAGAACCUCAAGCCUUCCAUUGAGAUGCUGUCCACAGACCUUCACACGAUCAAGCAGGCCCAGGAUGAAGAAAGAAGGCAGCUGAUACAGCUUCGUGAUAUUUUGAAGUCAGCACUGCAGGUUGAGCAGAAAGAGUCUAGGAGAGACUCACAACUUCGCCAGAGUACAGCUUAUAGCUUACAUCAGCCUCAGGGAAACAAGGAACAUGGCACAGAGCGGAAUGGCAACCUCUACAAGAAAAGCGAUGGGAUCCGAAAAGUAUGGCAGAAAAGGAAAUGUUCAGUGAAAAAUGGCUUUCUGACCAUAUCCCACGGUACCGCUAACCGGCCUCCUGCGAAGCUCAACCUAUUGACCUGCCAGGUGAAGACCAACCCCGAGGAGAAGAAGUGUUUCGACCUUAUCUCGCAUGACAGGACGUACCACUUCCAAGCAGAGGACGAGCAGGAGUGCCAGAUAUGGAUGUCAGUGCUGCAGAACAGCAAGGAAGAGGCUUUGAACAACGCGUUUAAGGGUGACGACAAUACAGGGGAGAAUAACAUUGUGCAGGAGCUGACCAAGGAGAUCAUCUCGGAGGUGCAGAGGAUGACGGGCAACGACGUGUGCUGCGACUGUGGAGCACCAGAUCCCACGUGGCUUUCCACCAACCUGGGCAUCCUGACCUGCAUCGAAUGUUCUGGAAUCCACCGAGAGCUGGGGGUUCACUACUCCAGGAUUCAGUCCCUGACCUUAGAUGUGCUAGGAACAUCUGAGCUGCUGCUUGCCAAGAAUAUUGGGAAUGCAGGCUUUAACGAGAUUAUGGAGUGCUGCCUGCCAGCCGAGGACACCGUCAAACCCAACCCGGGCAGCGACAUGAAUGCCAGGAAGGACUACAUCACGGCCAAGUACAUCGAGAGGAGGUACGCAAAGAAGAAGCACUCGGACAGCACAGCCAAGCUCCACAGCCUGUGCGAGGCCGUCAAAACGAGGGCCAUUUUCGGGUUGCUCCAAGCCUACGCCGACGGUGUGGACCUGACGGAGAAAAUCCCGUUGGCCAACGGCCACGAGCCAGAUGAGACGGCGCUGCAUCUGGCGGUCAGGUCCGUGGACCGGACUUCUCUCCACAUCGUGGACUUUCUGGUUCAGAACAGUGGGAACCUGGACAAACAGACGGGCAGAGGCAGCACGGCCCUGCACUACUGCUGCCUGACGGACAAUGCCGAGUGCCUCAAGCUGCUGCUGCGGGGCAAGGCCUCCAUCGAGAUAGCGAACGAGUCUGGAGAGACCCCGCUGGACAUCGCCAAGCGCCUGAAGCAUGAGCACUGUGAGGAGCUGCUGACCCAGGCCUUAUCCGGGAGGUUCAACUCUCACGUCCACGUCGAGUAUGAGUGGCGGCUGCUCCACGAGGACCUGGAUGAGAGUGAUGACGACAUGGACGAGAAGCUGCAGCCCAGCCCCAACCGGCGGGAGGACCGGCCUGUCAGCUUCUACCAGCUGGGGUCUGGCCAGCUUCCACCCAGUGCCAGCGCCAAGGACAAGCCGAGGAGCUUCGUGCCCAGCAUGCUGCAGAACGAGACCUAUGGAGCCAUCCUGAGCAGCAGCCCGCCCCCUGCCCAGCCCGCAGCCCCCGGCCCCACUGGUGCUCCCCCACUUCCGCCUCGGAACCUCGGCAAAGUUCAGGCAGCCUCCUCGGCUAGCACCCCGUGGAAGACAAACUCUGUAGGUGUGGACGGUGUCAGCAGGCAGCGAUCUUCGUCAGAUCCGCCAGCUGUCCACCCACCGCUGCCCCCUCUGCGAGUGACAUCGACCAAUCCCCCAACCCCUACACCGCCCCCGUCUGUGGCCAGGCCACCUCCUGUGCUGGAAGCCCUGAGCCAGCCAAGCAAGGCCCCGCCACCCGCAGCCUCCCAGAGCAAGCCCCUGCCACCCCAGCCGCCCAGCCGCCCGCUGCAGAAGAAGCCAGCACCUGGGGUUGACAGGCCGACCGCACUGAGCAGCAAAGGCCAGCCACGAGGACUGGAAGCUGUGGGUCCCCUGUCAAGUGUUGCAGCCCUGCAGCCGCCCGCACCCAUGCCCAGGAAGUCUCAGGCGACCAAGUCGAAGCCCAAGCGGGUCAAAGCACUGUAUAACUGCAUGGCCGACAACCCAGAUGAGCUGACCUUCUCUGAGGGGGAUGUGAUCAUCGUGGACGGGGAGGAGGACCAGGAGUGGUGGAUCGGCCACAUUGACGGAGAUCCCAGCCGCAAGGGCGCCUUCCCCGUGUCGUUCGUGCACUUUAUCGCUGACUAAGUCGCCGGACACAAGCCUUUUCAGCUGUUCCGUUCUGGGCUCAUCGUUGGUACCAAAACUCACCAGUCGCGCCAUAUGGUAGCCCGUUCUCUGUCCUACCACUGUUCUGUUUUAAAAACUCAAAGGCAAUUUUUACAUAUAAGUGAAUUGUUUUUAUCAUUUGCAGUUUUCAUGAAAUGUUGUACUUCUGUUAGGAAAAACUAAAUUUCCUAAGGUGAGCUAAAAAGUUAAUUUUAACUAUAUAACCAAGAUCCUACAUCUACAGAAUUAGCUAACCCUAAAAAUGAGAAGUGAAGAC